GCGGACCACAAAUGACGCUCUUUUAAUUGGCUAUGUGACCACGAUUGGUACAAAAUCCUCCUGCACCGCAAAUCAACGCAGCCACCGUCAGACCGAGAUCUCUCUGCCGCUGCAGCCCAUCGGAAGAUCAAUACAGCGGUGAUCUGUAUAAUCCGGGGAGGCGGUCCAACGUAACUCUCCCUUAUCCCUGGACUUGAGAGAUCCUUCCUGCCCCAGCCACCGCCUGAUGGUAGCAACUAAACCUGGUCUGGAGCUCUCUGUAAACGAUCUGUCGCACCCCUUGGACCAGGAGCCCGGCCUUGUACCUCCUAUAUAGCGUGUGAACUACCGAGACUUGCUGACAAGCAGUCGUGCCUUAGAUAGUCAAGGUUCACCCCUCAUCCCUUUCCCGCCGGCACUGCUCAUCCACUGUUUUGACCUUUGGCCUUUGACUACAAUAUGGCUACUUCAGUUGUGUCCCAGAACUCAGCGCGUCCGUCGCCUUUGUCAAGAAAGCUCUCACCCUUCAAGGACCCACGUCCGGCACCUUGCACACCAGCGAAGACAGCAAAAGCCUGGGACGAAUACGAGAAGCAAGCGAGGCAGAACGCAAGGCGAAGAGAUCGAGCCUCACAGUCAUCCCAACCGCAGCGCAACUCAGCAUCCUCAGAUGUCGGCAAGGGGUCUCGUUCGUCGAGCUCUACUGCAAGGUCAAGCUAUGACUUCAAGUUUCGUAAUGCUCCCAUCGUUACAUCGAAAGCAGUCGCUACCUGCAAAAGCUGCAAACGACCUAUCACAUACUCCUCAGGUGUUUGCGGGCGUUGCACAAAGACCAUCAUCCUGCCGUCUCCCACGGGUGAAUCUACUCCACCCCUUACCCCAGCGGCUCGGAACUUUGCCUCCACGGACCUGCACUUGCUUGAGAAGGCCACAUCACAGGAGGACCCAACUUUGCGGCCGCCAAGUCUAUCGAAGCGCAAAGACUGCCCACCUGCACUACAAUUUACCAACCCGCCUAUUCGACUAGAUUCGUUGCGGCCACCACCCAGCACUCAUGACCUUAUGGAAGCAAAUCGCAGCCGGAAAGCAUCCUUGACGGACCCCAACGAGCCUUUCCUUCGACUUCAAUACGCUCAACAAAUCGCGCCUUACACAUACUCAAUUCCAUCAACACCGACCUACCCACCAACGAGCCCGCCGUCUACCAUCCCUUCACGCGUCUCCACUCGGCCCUCGAGCUUUGCGCAGAUGACAUCUCCACUCACGCAAAAUGCUAUCUUGCCAUCCUACACGCGCCAAACUAGCGCCACCCCCUCCGAGUACAGUCAAGUACACCACUACGCCCCUUUGGCCGCCUCAUCACCUCCUUCGCUUCACCAGGUCAACCACGGGCUACAAAAUACCACAUCAGCAUGGGAUGACUGGGACUCCGAUGGUGAGGAGAAAGUCCGCCUUGUCGGCAAAUGGAAGCGCAAUGGGAAAGACAAGGCCACUACUCACGCUAACACGGUCAAUGCCAAUGUGAGGAACAAAGAAAAGGAGCGAGAGCGCGCAGAUAGCAGGAUCUCCUACUCUAGCAGUGAAGGGCGACACAGCCAUGAAAAGCAUGAUAAGAGGAGCAAAAGCAGUAUGGACCGCAAACCCGAGAAAAAACAAAGCAAAGAGAGCUCGCGUACUCAAAGCAGGAUGAGUAGGCACGAGGAUGUCAAAUCAAAAGCAACUUCAACCGAGCGAGAGAGCUACCAAAAGCACAAGAAGAGGCCGAGCGGGUUGACUCGCUUCCUGAGCUGCGGAUGUUGAUUCGGCUUCAUGACGUUACGAUGGUGUUAGUUGCUUUGGACCUUGGUCUCAUGAUUGUGUUCUCCUGUACUGCAGCGGAAAGUGUGUAUAGAUGAUGAUGGCAUAGUACGUUUCCGUCUUUAGGUUGAUUGCAUGGGCAUCUUUACGACUUCACGAUGUUAUUUUCACGACUUUUUGGCAUUGGCUACGGCCUAACGCAGCGCUGUGUUUACUUUUGGUAGUAUCUAGGAAUGAACGGUAGCAUUUGAC